CUAUUCGCUUUCCCUCUAACUUCUAUCCCUACCUUGGUCCAAUGUUCUCAUCCUUCUCAGCGCAUAUCUCCUUUUUAUUUUGACUCUCAGUCAGUACGCAUUCGCACGGUUCCGCGGGUGUCGCCAGCUUGAUAUGUAAACUCGGUCGCGUACAUACGUUGCACGAUUCUCAAAAUGUUCCAUCGAUCCCUGAAAAGCUCUGACACAAAAAUAGAAUAACAUACUGGAGAGGAGGACGUACGAAAGAAGAUUCCAUCGUAUGCAAAUUAUUCAUUCUCCAAUGUGGUGUUUAGUGAAAUGGAAUCUUGGCCAUUGUGCCUACAGCUAUGAAAAUGCUAUUUUAUAACUUGAACAUUUGGUGAAAUUUUAAAAAACACGAAUAUCUAUAAGAAGAAUGUUCCUAGAAUAGGAUAUAUUUUCUUUGUAUUAUUUUUCUCUUCCUCCGCUUCAUAUUUUCCAAUCACGCUCAAAUAAAAUGAAUCUUCAAUUGUUUGCGGAUUUUUUGAGCAUCAUCACGAUAACCAUGUGCUUUGUACUUAAAGUGCCACAAAUUUUUAAUCUUAUAAAUGUGAAAUCCGCCGCUGGAAUAUCCAUUCUGGGACUUCUACUUGAACUGACGAGUUACACUGUGAUGACUGGCUACAAUUAUACCAAUGGAUAUUCACUCUUAUCCUACCUCGAGUAUCCCGUUAUUCUUCUACAGGAAUUUGUACUUAUAUUUUUAGUACUGAAGUAUUUAAAUCAAAUCAAUAGAACAUUCGUAAUCCUGGCUGUUCUUUACUUUACACUCUGCACCUGUCUCCUGCUGCAGAUCUUUCCAAAAGUCAUCUUUACCUACCUGGCACCAAUGUGCACACCUAUCUCGGCAUCAAGCAAAGUUGUGCAGUUGUUGGCGAUAAUCAGAGCAAGGAAUGCAGAAUCCGUCUCUGUUCUCACAUGGCUCAUAUCUACUUUUACAAAUUUAACAAGAGUAUUUACCAUUUGGAUGGAUUCAGCGGACCUUCUGCUGCUUGGAAACUUCAUCAUCUCGGUCGCAUUAAGUUCCAGUAUAAUGUUUUCGGCAAUGUACUACAAACGACGGGUGAAGCAAGAGUAAGGCGAUGCAUGCUGGUCGUUACUAUAUUACUUUAAAUAAAUAUAAGUGAAAAGUCUUCCUUAAGUUAGAUAGAAGCAUAUGGAAAAAAAUGAGAGCGAAUUACUGAAUGUACUCAAAAUAGACUGCAUAAUCGUUAUUAUACACUCAGCGAACGCAAAGCAGAAUUUAAAUAUCGAAAAUGUUACAAUUUUCCACCCGUGGAUGUAAUAGCUAUAAAACACCUCACCUACGUAUUUAUUAUAUUCUCGAAUAGAAAAAUUGUAACGUUACCAAUAUGUGACUGUUGCUUUGUGUGGUUGUUUUAUUUUAUUCACUUACCAAUGUAAAGGAUAUUAAAAAUAAAAUAACUAUUUGGAUGUUGAA